AUCACGCACCGCCUGCUUCUGGUCGAAUAAUUGUCUGAUGAGAAUAUUUUACCUCCUAAACUUAACGACAGUAAGUCCAUCACACAUGGAUGCUAGCAGCAUGUCAGUGCUGUGGUACAGGAGGUCAAAGCCCCUGGGGAAGGUGAGGAGCCGGGUUCAGGACCUCCGCAUCCCCUCCUCUUCGUGCAAUGACUUCAGACCCGCGUUGGACCUUAGCCACAACGAGAGCGCCCGGCUGGCGGUGGACUCUCUGCUCAGCCGGGGUUUAGAGGGAUACCGCGAGAUGCUGAAUGCAGAGGUAGAAGUGGACUUUCUCUCAGAGCUCGAGAAAAGUUACAUCCUGGAAAAUGGGAAGGAUGGACGCACAGCUGGUCCUGCUGUAUGUGAUGACGGAGACGAGUUGGAGGGCCUGUCUGCUGGCUCCCAGUCUCCUACACCAUGUUCUGCAGAGUCCACUGACGAUUCCACUGUGGCCAAUCUGGACCUGAGCCCCAAAGGUGUGAGGUGGACUCGUUCAGUCCUGGCUGUGCCCCUCGCUGUGCCCCUCGCUGUGCCCCUCGCUGUGCCCCUCGCUGAGCUUUUUUUCCAGUCCGACUGCACAGCAGCUGGCAUGAAGGACCUGGUCAGAGGGUUCAUCAGGAAGGCUGCAAUGGCCCUGGCCAUAGUGAUGGACACCUUCAGUGAUGUAGAGCUGCUCUGUGAUCUUCUGGAGGCAAGCAGGAAGAGGAAUGUGUCCGUCCACCUUCUGCUCGAUCAUCGCAACCUGAACCUGUUCCUCAGCAUGUGGCAGGACCUCAAACUGGACAGCAGAAACUUCCCUAAGCUGUCAGUCCGCAGUGUGGAGGGACAGACCUACUGUGCUAGGACAGGCAGGAAGCUGACCGGACAGGUUGCUGAGAGUUUCAUCAUCACUGACUGGACCGAGGUGCUGACCGGCUCUUACAGCUUCUCCUGGCUGUCCUGGCAGGUCCAUCGUACUCUUGCUGUUCUUGUGAGGGGCAGCGCGGUCAUACCUGUCCAACAGGAGUUCCUCAGGCUACAUUCCAGCUCCAAACCGAUCCCUGGCUUUGUCACUUUUAUCAGCGUGCCCCUCUCCCCCCCUCCUUAUAAAAGAUUGCAUGCAGCUAAAAACGUUGAGCUUAAAUCUAGCACGGCCACAACAGCAUGCCACAGUGCUCCGAAAGGGCAAUCACAAUGCCCUCACACAAAAGUAAAAACGCUGGUUUCAUGCGAUCCACAGAGCACAGAUUUGGAGUGCAGCAAUGGUUCACAAAUGCUCAAAAAACAUACGCAACUGUACCCAAAACCACUUCAACCUGGAGCGCUGCAGAGUGUACAUAAGGGAAUACUAAAGCCUCCAGUGGGAGAGCACAAGACAAAUCUUGGGAAGCAUCAAACACAGAUCCAGAGUCACUCAAGUCCUCUCAGCCCAACACACGUCUCAUAUGUUCAGUCCCAGCUCACCAGCCUCACCAUCACCACUACAACUGAAAAAAAUGCGAGUGCUGAAAGGUCAAACCCUCAACACGCCACUUCUCCUGUGUACAGAGAGCAUAGGAUUGCAAACGAUAUGUCUUUCAGGACAAAUCAACAUCACCAUAAUGACAGGUUUGUCUAUCGGCAAAGGAAAGGGAAAUUGAUGCCUCUGGAGGGCAUCGCCGCGGGUCCAGACAGACAAAGACAACAAUGGAACUGCGCCCCCAACUUUAAACCACAGAUGGACUUUCUAUCGGAUAAACCCAACGUCCUGCCACUUUCAACAUCACCGCAAGCAAAGACAGGCCCGUGGUUCCCUUUAACACGCACGCGAGAACACACAUCUUGGCUGCAAACUGAAGUAUUCUCUCUAGAAAACAGGAGGCAAGAUCAAACCAAGAGACACCAUCAAGUUUCCCUCCAGUCACACCCUACAGCAGAGGCUCUUCAAAAGUCAGCCAUGAAAGCUCAUCCUCAGGCCAAGCCUCUGCUGGACUCCCAGCAGUUCUCCCCGAGGACACAUCUGCACCCUUCUAAACAAGCCAGGUCCCCUCCCAGACUGAAGUGGGUGCCCCAGAGCAGCAUUGACAGACUCAGACCUGUGGCCCCCCACAACUCCUUCCACACCACCUACAGGACAGACAGACCUGUGGGCUGGAGGACGUUCAACAGCGACACGAGGACGUCAUUAGGAAGGAGCCAAAGCUUGACUGACAGACACAGAGGAGGCCCUCAUCCAAAUGUAACCAAGAUUUGAAGAUUAGUCUCAGCUUUGGUGUAAUCAUACAGGUCAUCUAAAAUACUUUAUUCACAUGAAAUUGAAACUCUCUGCAGAAACCCUAACACACGCCUUUAUCGCCUCCCGCCUGGACUAUUACAAUGGAGUCCUGUCCGGGGGUUCCCUGCAAAGACAGGCUCCACUAUGUCCAGAACCCUGCCGCCAAGGUUCUCCCCCGCACCAAGCCCAGGCAGCACAUCACCCCCACCCUCAUCCCCCUUCACUGGCUCUCAGUCAAGUCCUGGAUCCAGUAAACAACACUCCUCCUCACGUACAAGUCUCUCCAUGCCCUGGCACCCCAGUACUUGAGGGACCUUUUCCACCCCUUCUUUGGGGUCUGCGGUCCUCCGACUCUGGCCUGCUCUUGCCUCUGAACUGUUGGAGACAGGAUGUUCAUGCUGAGUUGAGCGCAGUUUAUGAAAAUGCUAAGGUAUAAAUGACAUUUAGGCAGAACACACAGAUUUGUAUCAUAACUCAGGUUGAUGAUGGUCCAGAAAAUAAUCCUUGUCAUAACUCACAUCACAGUACAAAGUGGAUAGUCUUUUCUGCUUUAUUUAAUACUGUACUGUACCUGAAUAAAAUCAACACAAUUCUGUCAAAGUGUACCAGUUAGAUUCAAUCUGUUUAAAUAUUUCUCUUUAUUAGGGGGGUAUUUUGUCAGCAUUAAAAUGUACUGUGUGAUGGGGUCUUGUUAGGAUAUCAAAUAUGUGGAUUGAUCACUUGGAUUCUCCAGUCAAUAUCUUUUGCUCUCUGAUGGAUCUGCACAGGGACCGGCUCUUCCUGUCAGCAAACAGACAUCAGUUCUCUGUGGUCGUCUGUGUCUGAUGGCGGCCGUCUGUUUCUAGCACACCAGUGAGUAAGAUCUUAUUCCACCAGCGCUCCCUGAAGCUCUGCACAGACACACUGGACAGACUCUCCCCGUCCUGGGUGUCCUCCCUCAUUUUUUCUGGGAUUAGGUCCUCUGACGCCACCUGGGAGAUCACACAGUGAGAAGGUGAAGGUGUGCUUCUGGGAAAUGUCCACUGACUUUAAAUGAGCCUCAUGCCUGGACACAGCAUUUAUAAACAAAACCAGAAGCCCGUGCUCACCUCAGUGAGAGCCUGGAGGGUUGUUUUUUUGGGGUUUAGCCUUUCUAGCAGCUCAUCUGUCUUCUGCAGGGUGCUUUCAGUGCGCUGCAACACAAAGGAGGACUGCUGCUGCCGGAGGAUCCUCAGCAGGAGUCUGAGGGAGAUAUUCAGACACCACAAUGUACAAUUAAACUCUGCAUGAGUUGAGCUUUGUCAGAGUCAUCACAGAUAAAUGUGUAGCUUGGUGGGGAGGUCCAAUUCUGAAUAUUCAAUUACCUGGAUGAACCUCAGAUGUGUGGGACAGCUGAUUUGAAUAAUAAGUUGUAUAUUUCUUGCUGUGAAGUGUUGAGUUCUAUAGUAAGGUGGCUACUUUGUGCUGUGUAUUAGAGUUAAUAGAAACACUUUACCUUGUCCUGAUGAAACAGGUGCAAGCUUUCAGCCAGAUUCUGUCCCCAUCCAGAUCUGCCUGCUCUUCCUCCUGUUCCUUAAUGUCUCCCUCAUCCUGCGGUUCUUCCGCUGAUUCACCACUCUGUAAAGAACAAGAUCCUAAUAAAGGAAAUACA